AUGAAGUCUAGAUUUAUUUUCAAUAGGUCGUUGGAAUUCAUACUCAAAAGACCACCUCAAUUUACUACAUUGGCAGGCGUGGGAUUCAGAGGUCAAACUCAAGUAAGAUUCACAUCAAAGAGUGCGGAACCGGCGAAAAGAAAAGAGGACAGGCUGCACAAGAUAAUAUCGAAGUCGCGGCUUUUGACGAGGUUGAAUAAGAAUCCCAAAUUUUCACAGUAUUUCGAUCGACUUAGUGAGGCUGGGACGGUCCCAACCCUCACAUCAUUUUUCAUCUUACAUGAGGUAACAGCUAUACUACCACUGUUUCUACUAUGGUGGCUACUUUAUAAUCUCGAUAUUUCAGACGAUCUUAAGCUGCCCAGCCUCCUGAAUGGGCUAAUGGAGAACUGUCAUGCUGCUAUGGAGAAAUUUGUUGGUAAGAGAUAUCAGGAAUGUAUCAACAAAAAUAAGCUGAUUUUAUCCGGUACGAUAGCUUAUGUUACUGUGAAGUUAUUAUACCCGGUACGCAUUUGUAUUAGUAUCUGGGGAGCGCCAUACUUUGGUAAAUGGUUGCUGCUUCCUUUUCAAAGAUUAAGGCACCUCAUUAAGAAGUAA